UCCCUGUCAUCAGCUCUUCCAUGGGCUCCCCUGGCCUGCCCCCUCCAGCUCCCCCAGGAUUCUCCGGGCCUGUCAGCAGUCCCCAGGUGAGAGGUUGUGACCCACAUUCUGCCUCUCCACUUGCAUUUCCUUGUGACCCUAGAUCCUUGUGUGAACUUCCCCAUGACCCACUGACCUCCAGACCUCUAAUUCUGGCAGGCCUGUUGUCCCUGUGAGAUCCCCUGAGGUGACUGAUCUUGCAGUGCAUGUGUCCACCCCAACCCCAAAAGGAACCCCAAUAUUCCUGAUGUCCCUUUCACCUGUCAGUGACUUUCUGCCCUUUUGGUCCCACCUGCCCUUCUGAGAUACAUACCUUUCAGGGCCACUGUGUUGCACUAUCUCAAGGGACACUGUGUGUCUAGUCUCUGGGUUGUGCUCCAAGGCUGGCCCUCCCCGCAGACUGCAGUGUAACUGCUCUCCGGGAUGUGCAAUGCAGGGCCCUGCCGAGGUGUUAGGGCAUGAUUUCCAUCACCUCUGAUUUUCUUUCCCAGUGAGUCUCCCCAUGACCUCCCUAUUUCCCCUAUCCCAGAUUAACUCAACAGUGUCGCUCCCUGGGGGUGGGUCUGGCCCCCCUGAAGAUGUGAAGCCACCAGUCUUAGGGGUCCGGGGCCUGCACUGUCCACCCCCUCCAGGUGGCCCUGGGGCUGGCAAACGGCUAUGUGCAAUCUGCGGGGACCGAAGCUCAGGCAAACACUAUGGCGUUUACAGUUGCGAGGGCUGCAAAGGCUUCUUCAAGCGCACCAUUCGCAAGGACCUGACCUACUCGUGCCGGGACAACAAGGACUGCACAGUGGACAAGCGCCAGCGGAACCGCUGUCAGUACUGCCGCUAUCAGAAGUGCUUGGCCACUGGUAUGAAGAGGGAAGCGGUACAGGAGGAGCGUCAACGGGGGAAGGACAAGGACGGGGAUGGGGAGGGGGCUGGGGGAGCCCCCGAGGAGAUGCCUGUGGACAGGAUCCUGGAGGCAGAGCUUGCUGUGGAGCAGAAGAGUGACCAGGGCGUUGAGGGUCCUGGGGGAACCGGGGGUAGCGGCAGCAGCCCAAACGACCCCGUGACUAACAUCUGUCAGGCAGCUGACAAACAGCUAUUCACGCUUGUUGAGUGGGCGAAGAGGAUCCCACACUUUUCCUCCUUGCCUCUGGAUGACCAGGUCAUAUUGCUACGGGCAGGCUGGAAUGAGCUCCUCAUUGCCUCCUUCUCCCAUCGAUCCAUUGAUGUCCGAGAUGGCAUCCUCCUCGCCACAGGUCUUCACGUGCACCGCAACUCAGCCCAUUCUGCAGGCGUGGGAGCCAUCUUUGAUCGGUCCCUCUCCAGGGUGCUGACAGAGCUAGUGUCCAAAAUGCGUGACAUGAGGAUGGACAAGACAGAGCUUGGCUGCCUGAGGGCAAUCAUUCUGUUCAAUCCAGACGCCAAGGGCCUCUCCAACCCCAGUGAGGUGGAGGUCCUGCGGGAGAAAGUGUACGCAUCACUGGAGACCUAUUGCAAACAGAAGUACCCUGAGCAGCAGGGACGGUUUGCCAAGCUGCUGCUACGUCUUCCUGCUCUCAGAUCCAUUGGCCUUAAGUGUCUAGAGCACCUGUUUUUCUUCAAGCUCAUCGGUGACACCCCCAUCGACACCUUCCUCAUGGAGAUGCUCGAGGCGCCCCACCAGCUGGCUUGAGCCCAGACACAGACGUGGUGCUUCCCGCACUUGAGGAGUGCACAUCCGAGGGGGACGCCAAGCCUUGGGGCAGGGUGGGGAGGGCCAUGUGCCUGGAGUCUUGGUGGGGUGAGGACUAGGGAGCAGGACUGAGACCUCCAGGGGAUCCAUCAACCCUCCAAGGGGUUUGCUUGAUAUCCCAAGUCAGAGGGGACCCCAGGCCCUAUGAGAGCUGGACCUCUUCCUUCAGUGGCCUCGGGCCUCUGAAUUGGUCUGGGUCUGCCAUGACUUGGGGUGAGUUCCCACCCCGCCUGGAAUGAUCUUCCCCAGCACAAAGCACUGGCCUUCUCCCAGGGCCUUGCUUCCUUUUCAUCUUGCCUCACUUAGCUCCCUGUCUGGAGAGUGGAUAUGGGAACUCUCCCAGAGAUGGAUAUUGGGGGGCAGGCCCCCCAAAGUGAUGGACAUGGGAGUAGGGCUCUGACAGGCCUUCCUCUAACCAAGCCUGGCAGCUCGGGGCUACUCUGUCACUGCCCCCUGUCCGGAGUCACCUCUCGCACGUCACCUCCUGCAGUCAGACUGAGAAAUAAGGUGGUGGUGGUGAAGGGGUGGGUAGAGAUGUAGGAACCCAUCUGCUAUUUUUAAUUUCCUCUGAGGAUAGAGAUUUACAGUUAGACUCAAAGAAGUACUGUACUUCCCCAGGUUGACUAAGAUGCCAGUGGUGGAGGUGGAAUGUGGGAAAGGCAGGGCCCCAAGACGGUGGCCCUGGGGCUCUUGAAGCCCUGGCCCUCUCAACCCCUUGCCCAUCUCUUCCCGUCUGCCCUGGGCCAGGCGGGCGUUGAGGGGAGGUGGCUGGCCUGCAGAGAUGGGGUGCCGGGGCUGCAUGAUUUUUGCCCUGCAGCUCUUCUCUCUGGGGUUUCUUUCCCUUUCACUCACGUAUAAAAUCGCUUUCAAAUUAAAAUCGCUGUUUUCUGGA